CCGGGAAUUGUAAAUGAAUUCAAACUACUGGUCCUACUGAUCUGACGAAAGGGCGAAUCGAUGAGUGGGGUCCGAGAUAAGCGUCAACAUGGUGGUUCGAUUCAUUUGCUACUGCGAUGGAGGAUAUCGCAAAUCGGGGAAAACCUGAUCGCGGCGAACCUUCGGAAAUGGAAUUGUGCGACCAAACUUACCUGAUCUGAUCUAAUCGGUCCAUGGAUAUUCGCAGGCCCAUCUCGUAUGCAGCUACUUAAUGCAGAAUCAGCUGUCCGUAAGUACCGUAAUGCCCUCAAGUGAUUAGCAACGUCCAUGAUGAACAACCGAACUCGACGCGAACCUUUAAAGCCCCAGUCACGCGUCUACCAGGGAAGCAUUUCUUCCCUUUUCCUUCCUACUGUCUCGCCAUGACGUACGUUGCGAACAUCGUUCCCGAUGAUCACCUGAAUUCUAUCAGCUCCGAACACAAGCAGCAUGAUGAGGAGCGGCUGGAGAACUCAGAUCUAAGUCUCCAAAAUGUCCCAACGCUGACGCCAGAACAGGAAAGGAAACUGUGGAGAAAGAUCGACUUGCGGUUGAUGCCUAUCCUCAGUUUGAUGUACCUGCUGUCUUUCCUUGACAGAGGUAAUAUCGGUAAUGCGAAGUUGGACGGGCUCGUCACUCAGCUGGAUCUCACAGGAAACAGAUAUAACAUAGCACUGACGAUGUUCUUCAUACCAUACUGCCUGUUUGAAUGCCCCGCUAAUCUUGUUCUCAAAGCAUUCAGGCCAUCCAGAUGGCUUCCAGCAAUCAGUUUUACAUGGGGGAUAGUUAUGACGCUCAUGAGUUUAGUGAAGACAUACCCUCAGCUUGUCGGAGUGCGAGCCUGUCUUGGCUUUGCCGAGGCAGGUUUGUUCCCUGGUGUGGCUUAUUAUCUUACUUUGUGGUACCCGAAACACAUGCUACAAUAUCGAAUUGCCUUGUUUUUUGGCGCUGCAACUCUGGCAGGUGCUUUCUCCGGUUUACUGGCCUUUGCGAUUGGUCACAUGGAUGGCAUUGCGGGACUGGAAGGAUGGUCUUGGAUCUUUUUGCUUGAAGGCCUUGCAACGAUAGUCGUAGCCAUCAUUGCUCUUUUUGUGUUGGUAGACUUUCCGGACACAGCUGAGUUCUUGACCCCGGAAGAACGUGCUUUUGUUGUCUGGAAGAAGAAAUACGAUAAUUCGUCGGUGGGCGAGGAAGAGAGGUACGCGUCCAGGCACGUCUGGGCCGCCUUCGGGGACUGGCAGGUCUGGCUUCAUAUCCUCAUUUUCUUCUCAAUCAUCGGACCUCUGUACGGCAUCACCCUGUUUCUCCCAACGAUCAUCAAGAGCUUCGGAUACAGCACACCGAUCAGCCAGUUGCUCACUGUACCGCCAUAUGUCGUCGCAACUAUCACAUUGCUCGUUUUCGCGCAUUACUCAGACAAGUUGAAGAUGCGAUCCCCCUUCAUUCUUGCCGGCCUUGUAAUGUCUCUCAUCGGCUUUUCGAUAAACAUAUCCACCGCACCUGCUGGUGUCAAGUACUUUGGUAUUUUCUUCAUUGUGGUUGGUAACUAUGCAGCGACUCCAGGCGUAAUUUCCUGGCUCGGGAACAAUCUCUCCGGUCAAUACAAGAGAGGUGUCGGCAUGGCCCUCCAAAUCGGCAUCGGAAACUUCAGUGGUGCAAUCUCAGCCAACAUUUAUCGAUCGCAAGACUCGCCUCGGUUUAUUUUCGGGCACACACUGGAGCUGAUGUUAGUCGGGAUUGGAUUCAUAGUUUUACCGACUAUCGUCUUCCUUUACAAGAGGAUCAACGCACAGCGCGACGCCGCCGAGCGUCUAGCAAUGGAACAGGGAGGGAAAGUGCAAUACUCGAACGAGGAAUUGCGGGACUUGGGAGACCGUGCGCCUGACUUCAGAUACACGUUGUAGGUAUCUAUGAUAGGCUCUGUAGGCCCUCCCUGUAAGCACGCAACGGCAGGAACAAUAUUCUCAAGCUCAAGUGCAGUGAGAGAUUGAUCACCGACUCGCGAGUGACAGACAGCCUUCGUUGAGAGUCAACGAAGAUCG